AUGCCAACAUCUGAGGGCACAUUGUUUAUUUUGCUGCUGAUUAGUCUGCAGUUGGUCAGAAAUCACAGUGAAUAUCCCACAUCUUCAAGAAGCAGGGUAAGCAGCACUCCUGUGAGUCCAACUAUAUUCAAUGUGACCUUUGAUAGAACUUCUACAGAACCUAGAAAUAUCAGUGCUAGUCCAAAUGAUAGUACUGUAACAGAAAGCAAUACUCCAAGCAACAAGACCACCUCAACCCUGACUCCAACAUCAUCUCUUCACACUUUGCUAUUACCAACAACACAUCCACCAACUUUUACUACAAAAGAUGUAAAGCAUAGAAUAUCCUCUUCGGGGAUGCCUGAAAAUACUUCUAGAAAAUAUGAAGCCACCACUUACUUCAAGUCAUUUGAAACUGAAUCAAACAGUGUCACCACAAGCACUCCUAACAUCAGUUUCACGACCAGGGUUUCCCAUAACACAACUCAAGCAGAUGGUUUAACAUUUCAUCCCACUAAAAAUCUAUCAAAUACAACACCUAUGUUGUUAACUACUAGGAGUAGUACUGUUACAACUGAAUUAUCAACAACAGCAAAGCUGCCUCCCAAAGCAACGGAUAGCUUUACAGGACCAAGAGAAGCCCCAAAAGAAAGCCAUAUUAAUGGAGGGGUAAUAUUUGGAGCAAUUGUAGGAGCAAUAUUAGGCUCUGCACUGAUUUGCCUGGUUGGAUAUUUAAUCUGUGGUCAAAGAAAAACUGAAUCGUUCGGACAUCAGCGACUUUAUGAUGACACAAGAAAUGAUCCAGUUCUGCGACUAGAUGCUAUACCUGAACCUUUCAAUGCAAACUUUGGAGAUAUAUCCUACUACAAUCCCAUGGCAGCCAAUGAGAACCCUGUCCAGAACCACAAAGAAACAUCAUACAAUGCAAUCCCAAUGGAUGACAUGACAUCAUCACAGCCUUCAGCAGAAAUGCAUAAAGCCAUAUGUUAG